UGAGAGAAAGGGUCGGAGUUUCUCGUGCAGAUACGGUAUUUAGGGCCGAUGAUGAUGAGCCCGAGGCGUGGCAGGAAGAAUUUCUGCCUCGUCACAGUGUUGAAGGUUGGAGGAGCCCGGCGAGAGAGUUGUGAAUGAGAGGCAUCCGCCGCGACUGACUGACUGGAAGGCGGCGUUCUCGGCUUCUGCCUCCUCUUCUCUCUCUCUCCUUUCCUCCCCAUUUCCCGUCCGCUUUUGACGACUCUUUGCGCGAUGGAAGUGGUGAAGCCGUGUUUCGUCUGUUGCGAUUGCAGGAGGACCCGAUCUCUGAACGCGCCGAGCCCCUUCCACCAAUUCGGGCCAUGUGGCAGGAUCAUGAAGAACUCCGCCAUGAUCAUGCAAAUCCAAGACCCGGCGUCUCAGCGCCUCACUUGGUACAAACCCCCGCUGACCGUGCUGGUGAUCAAGAAAGUUCGAGACGGGUCCGUGAACCCUCCCUUCCUUCAGCUCAUCACCUGGCUCAUCGAGGAGAAACGAAUGGUCGUGAUGGUGCAAGCGUUCGUGGUCGAGGACCCGGUGCUCCUUCAGAUGCCCGCCUUCCUCCAGCUCAAAGACAGGCUCAAGACCUUCCAAGAAGGCAAAGAUAAUCUCACGGACAAAAUCGACUUCAUCAUCUGCCUUGGAGGUGAUGGCACACUUCUCUACGCCUCCUCCUUGUUCCAGCAAUCUGUGCCUCCCGUGAUGGCAUUCCAUCUGGGAUCCUUGGGAUUCCUCACUCCCUUCGAGUUUGACAAUUUUCAAGAGCAGGUCACUCACGUUCUCGAAGGUAAGGCACAACCUGGGCAUGCGGCACUGACCCUGCGAAGUCGCUUGAGGUGCUUGCUGAUGCGCAAAGGAGAAGACGGGAAACUGACCCGUUCUCCGAAAGGGCACUCGAGCACGAGUUUCCUCGUCUUGAACGAGGUGGUGAUCGAUCGUGGACCGAGUCCCUACCUGUGCAACAUCGACCUGUACCUGGACGGGAAACUCAUCACGUCCGUCCAAGGGGAUGGUACUGACACUCCACCCGUCGACACGGGAUGCCCCGCGCGAACCGUCACCGUCUGUGUCUCUUGCACAGGACUGAUCGUGUCCACGCCGACUGGAAGCACGGCGUAUGCGGUGGCGGCUGGGGCAUCCAUGAUCCACCCGAGCGUCCCGGCCGUCAUGGUGACUCCCAUCUGCCCUCAUUCUCUCUCUUUCCGUCCCAUCGUCGUCCCGGCUGGAGUCGAACUCAAAAUCAUGUUGAAUCCAGAUGCGCGAAGCAGUGCAUCGAUUUCCUUCGAUGGACGCCAUACCCAACAGCUUCAGCACGGUGACAGCCUGCGGGUGACGACGUCCAUCUACCCGGUGCCGUCCAUUUGCAGCCAAGACCAAAUCGCGGACUGGUUCGAGAGCUUGGCUGAGUGCUUGCAUUGGAAUCUCCGGAAGAAACAGCGGCAUUUCGACGAAGGUCUUUCGGAUGACAUCACGCCUUCUUCGGCCGAAGAGGGCACGGAAUCCGACCCGCUCGAUACGUAAUGUCGGAACGAAGCAGAUCGGCAGGAAAAGAGGAAACGGCCGACUGCGACUACAUAUCCCAAGUCUCUCCGUCCCCAUUUCUCGGUUUCCAUUUAUUUUUCUUUCUGGAUUUCAGUGCUUCAAUGCGUUUUCUUCGUCGAGUUCAUUUCCAAAGAAGAUCUUGUAAUUUUUCAUUCAUCUUCCAUGGAUAUAGCAGGAAUAAAGAGCAGGGUUUAUCCCAGUUCCGCA